UGGAGGUGCAGGGGACGGCAGAGAGAGAGAGAGAGAGAGGAGAAGAGAAAGACAGACAGAGAGAGAGAGAGACAGAGGGGGGAUUAGCUGCCUGGCUUUCGGGUACAAACCCUCCUAACGACUGCAAUGUUUUCACUCUCAGGCGGCGAUUAGCACCGUCAACUUUCUGCCUUUUUUUUUUGUUGCAUUGUGGAGCAUUUUACGCAUUUGCACCACACCAGGAAAAAAAACCCACACAAGGCAACGGAGGAGAAAGGAGGAGGAGGACCGACAGCACCACCACCACCACCACCACCUAAAAACCCGGACAAACACACACACACACGGAGGAGAAGAAGAAGAAGAAGCAGCCAGGCUACUACGGGUAUUCCUCCUUCCUCCUCCCAUUAGCUCCGUUUUUCAGCCUCCAGGAUGUCGGAGCGAGGAGGGCUCCCGCGGACUGGGGGUGUCCCCUCGCCGCACAUGCAGCCCUCCAAGCCGGUCAGCAUCACCUCCAACCGGCCGGUGCACAUGAACCUGUACGCUACCUGGGAGGUGGACCGCUCCUCACCCAGCUGUGUGCCGAGGCUGUUCAACCUGACUCUGAAGAAGCUGAUCAUGCUGAAGGAGCUGGAUAAAGACCUCACCUCUGUGGUCAUCGCCGUCAAACUGCAGGGCUCCAAGCGGAUCCUGCGCUCCAAUGAGAUCCUGCUGUCAUCAGCUGGGUUGACAGAGACCGACCUGCAGCUCACUUUCUCCCUGCAGUACCCGCACUUCCUGAAGAGAGACGCCAACAAGCUUCAGAUCAUGCUGCAGCGACGGAAGAGAUACAAGAACCGCACCAUCCUGGGCUACAAGACCCUCGCCCUGGGACUCAUCAACAUGGCGGAGGUGAUGCAGCACCCCAGCGAGGGGGCGCAGGUCCUGGGGCUCCACAGCCAGCUGAAGGACGCCUCCGUGCCCGUCGCCGAGAUCAGAGUCUACUCUCUGUCCAGCCAGCCGAUCGAUCACGAGGGACCCAAAGCUAAGAUGUCUGAUCGUUCUCCGGACAUCGACAACUACUCAGAAGAAGAGGAAGAGAGCUACUCGUCAGAACAGGAGGGCAGUGACGACCCCAUUCAUGGACAGUACCUAUUUGAUGAAGAAGAGGAGGUGAGGAAGAAGAAGCCGAGGCGUAAGCUCCCUUCCAAUGCUGCUAUCACCAGGCAACCCAACAUCAAGCAGAAGUUUGUCGCCUUGCUGAAAAGGUUUAAAGUCACUGAUGAGGUGGGUUUUGGCCUGGAGCACGUGUCCAGAGAGCAGAUCCAGGAGGUGGAAGAGGACCUGGAUGAGCUCUAUGACAGUCUGGAGAUGUACAAUCCCAGCGAUAGUGGUCCAGAGAUGGAAGAGACCGACAGCAUCCUCAGCACGCCCAAACCCAAGCUACGGCCAUUCUUUGAGGGAAUGUCCCAGUCCAGCUCCCAGACGGAGAUCGGAAGUUUAAACAGCAAAGGCAGUUUGGGCCGAGACACUUUCAGCCCUCAGGGGGAGCAGCCUCCUCUAGAGAAGAUGAAACCCUCCCGCAGCCGCAACCUGGAGGAGGCCCUGUCUGAAACCGACACACUGGAGUUAACAGAUCAGGAGCUGUUUGCCGAGGUGGGCCCCUGCAUCACAGUGUCAUUGCCAGAGAAACCCCGUACGCCCCUGAAGAGCAGCAGAAGCGAAACCCAAGCCAUGCCGUCACCAAGACUGGAUGGAGCUCACACCCCAAGACAGAAACGCAGCAGCACUCCAAUGAAGGAGAGACAGCUGUCCAAACCUCUGAGCGAACGGACCAACAGCUCAGACUCUGAGAGAUCCCCGGAGCUGGGACACAGCACACCGGUCCUGAGGAAGGUGGUGUACGACCAGCUGAACCAGAUCUUGUUGUCGGACUCUGCGCUCCCAGAGAGCCUGAUAUUGGUCAACUGCACCGACUGGCAGGGACAGUACGUCGCCGAGCAGCUCCAGGUGCAGAGACACCCGGUGGUCUGCACGUGUUCACCGGCUGAAAUCCAGGCGGUGCUAUCCGCUGUGCUUACCCGCAUCCAGAAAUUCUGUAACUGUAACUCGUCCAUGCCCAGAGCCGUGAAGGUGGCAGCGGUGGGCGGCCAGAGUUACCUCGGAGCCAUCCUGCAGUUCUUCGUCACUCAGCUCGCCAACAAGACGUCCGACUGGCUCAACCACAUGCGCUUCCUGGUGGUGCCUCUGGGCUCUCAUCCAGUUGCCAAGCAUCUCGGUGCCCUUGACAACCGCUAUAGCUCCAACUUCCUGGACAUGGCGUGGAGAGACGUGUUCAGUCGGUCUGAGCCGCCACAGACAGAUCAGUUAGAUGUGGCGGGAAGAAUCUCCCAAUACAUCAGCGGCGCCACAGUCACACACCAGCUCCCCAUCGCCGAGGCCAUGCUCACCUGCAAACACAGGACGCGAGAUGAAGACUCCUAUCAGAAGUUUAUUCCUUUUAUUGGGGUAGUGAAGGUUGGUCUCAUCGAGUCUGGUCCCUCUCCGACAGGAGAUAUAGAGGAGGGCGUGGCGGUGAGUUUGGCCGUCCCCUCCACAUCUCCCCCCUCCCACGGCUCCCCCACAGGGAUGAUCAAAGAGGCGGCCACGCCCCCUUCCUCCCCCUCCAUGGGCAGUGUUCUCACAGUGCAAGGGAGCCCCAGCAUGUCUCACGGUGUGGAUGCCAUCGGCCUGCAGGUCGAUUACUGGCUGGCCUCGCUGGCUGAGAAGCGGCGGGAGGGAGAACGUCGAGACACAGGCUGCAAGAACACGCUGAAGAGCGCCUUCCGCUCGCUGCAGGUCAGCAGGCUACCAGGCGGGGGCAGCAACGACACACAGGCCCAGGUCAGCACCAUGGCCAUGACCGUGGUUACCAAGGAGAAGAACAAGAAAGUUCCCACCAUCUUCCUGGGAAAGAAGCCAAAGGAGAAGGAUGUAGACUCUAAGAGCCAGGUCAUUGAAGGCAUCAGCCGACUCAUCUGCUCUGCCAAGCAGCAGCAGACCAUCCUGAAAGUGUCCAUAGACGGCGUUGAGUGGAAUGAAGUUAAGUUCUUCCAGCUGGCCGCUCAGUGGCCCACUCACGUCAAAUACCUACCUGUCGGACUUUUCAGCUACAGCAAGCCCCCCUCUUAGGGGUGACCGCUCCGCCGAUUCCUCUGACCCCGACUUGACCUUUGACUCUCCUCGAUCCUUUGCGCACAGACCCCGCCUGGAGAAGAUGCCGAGUGGCUGGACUACAUUCUUUCCUUAGUUUCAUUUCCGCUAUAGUCUUAUUUCUCUUUAGGGAGGGAGAGGAGGAGUGUGGUGUUGGGGUUACAGCGCUGUUACUAGUCACUUUAAUGCCCCUUUUGGUGUGUGUGUUUUUGUGUGUGUGUGUGGAGAGUGUGCAUGCACACGUGAAUGUACAGUAUGCGCGUGUGUGUGUGUAUGUGUGUGUUCAUAAGGGGCUUACAGCACAAGUUUAUUAGCUAACUGCCAUUUACGUUUCCGUUUUAUGGAAUGCAACAGCAUGCAACAACUCAUCGAUUUCAAGCCCUAAUGUCCGACCCUCAACUUUUGAUGUUCCCGCUCACCUCGAGUCCCCCGAUCUACACGUGCAUGCUCCGAAAACUAACAGAUAAACACCACUCAUGUGCCGGAAACAGUAACACAUAACAGACAGAAAUACAACAGGGCUUCAGUGUUUGCAUGAGCCAGUGAAAACACGAAGAAAAGUCUCCUCUGAUCACAAAAUUCAGUCAAAUGAAUAAAAAGCUGGCAUGUAAUGAGUUUUUCCUCCACAUGUCCGACAUCAGUAAUACUGAUUCGCCCUUCAAAGCAGACCCAUUAGUUUUAUUUCAUUUCAAGGGCUUCCAUUUAACAAUUUUAAAUAGUUUUUCUCUACCGUAAUAAGUCAUUUGGAUGUCUAAUGCCAACUUUCUUUCAAAAACAACAACAAAAAAAUAAUAUUUAAAGGGGAAGCGUCUUUUAAAAAAAAAAAUUGUGCUCCAGUGAAAAAUAGUGAAGCCUUCCCUUUAAUGCUGUUUUGUGAUGCGUAGUUUACGUUUUAUUCUUGUGAGGAGCUCUACGAUUUCAGGGCAGGGACUGCUGUAACGUGCAGUUUAUUCUUUAUCUUCUUAUUCGUUAUGCACUUAUGAAUACACUCGGACCAUCUGGGUGUUUGCAGCCGGUAAAAUAUGAUUAACAUUCUUUGACAGCAGAGCCGACCAGAUAUGCAUCAGGAGGCUGAAACAAUAACAUGCUUAUUUAAACCAUCCAGAAACUCGGCGGCGUUGAUGGGAAUAGGAUGGGGAGGGGGAGGCGUGUUUCUUCCUGCGUUAAGCCCUGCUUCUUUGUGAGAAUCUAAACCGCUAGAAUGGGGAGUUAAACACCCGCAAUAAAGCACAAUGUUGGUCAGCUGCCCUCUAAAUAUCAUUCCCUUAUUGGCAUCGGACGGGCAGCUUUCUCCUCAGAUUCAUUAAGCAUUCCCAUUUCUUUUGGGACUCCUUAAUGACAUCAGGAAAAAAAAAAUCGGGUUGAUUUCAGUUAUUCUGGCACAGGUCUGCUACAUGCUUUAUCUAGGAUGUCGUAAGGUGAUUAGUGAGUGUACAGUAACCGGUAACAAGUGUGCGUGUAAGUGGUGAAAUAAAUGUAAUGUGGUCAGAAACCUAAAAAAAAAAAAAACAAUAAAUAAAUAAAUCACUAAAUAGGAGUUUUUCUACCAUGUGACAGAGGGCAUGCAAUUGGUGUGCGUAUGUGUGUGUGUGUGUGUGUGCGUGUGUGUGUGUGCGUUGGCACUGUGUGCUGAUGAUGUGGUCUUUAUCAAUAUCACUGAUGACCAGAUUAGGGCUGCUAAAGCCACAGUGGUCAUCUUGUUUACUUUGUAGCCUGACACAAGGCCAAUACAGAUGUUUUGUUUUUGGGUUUUUUCCACCACUAAACACCAUGAAAACAAACAAAAAUCACAAAAUUAAUUCAGUUUUAUUAAAAGAAUUGGAUAGAAAUUAAACUUUGGUGUAAAAUUAAGAAUGUAACGUGAAUAGCGGUUUAUAGUAAUUGUUUAAAAACUGUUUUUUUUUAAUUAAAAAAAGCAAAGCUCACCAGGCGUGUGUAGCUCUACCUUGUGUCACCUACAUCGUAACUCUCACCUCCAGUGAAGUAUUAGCAAAAUAGUUUUUAGAUUAAAAAAAAGAAGAAUAGUGUUAAUGCCAAUGUCUUGAUUUAAAUGCUGUUAGACGAUUUUUGUUUGUUUUUUGAGAAAUAGAUUAGAAAGUUAUUUUCCUGUGUCGAUAUUACAGUGUUACAGUUGUGAUGUCCGCAGCACGUCUCAAAACUUGGCUCAUUUCUUCCUCCUGUCGGACAGGUUCAGGUUUCACCCUGAAGGCUCGCUUGUUUGUUCGCUCUCUGUUUGGCCGACAGCUCGUUCAUCACCGCUGAACAAACACUCAGUUGGUGCUGAUUCAUUUGAAGUACUUCCUGAUGUUUGAAUGUAUUCAAUUUAGUUUAGAGCUGUCUUACAUCUUUAUUGAAUGACUGAUUUUUAAGACACAAGCGUAAUCACUAUCAGAGAAGAUGUGUCUAUAAUUUUGUCAGUUGGUGUUAUUUGGCCUAAAACAGAAAAUGUUCAAUAUGGCUCCACUGCAGUCGUUUUCUCUGCGUGGACCGUUGACAGACAGCGAGCUCUGUGACUUUUCUUCAACUUUUCUGUAUAAACAAUAAAAACAAACAGCCGAGCCAGCGGGCCUCUUGAUCACAACCCUUUUGAAAAACCUGCAGUUCUUUUCACUUGUGUUGCUGACAACCAGAUAAGGGCUUGACAGACAGACUGACUGACUGACUGAUAGCCUCCGAGCAGAGGCCGGGUUUCAUUAUUCCUGGAUAUCAAUGAGCGUUAAUGUACUGUAAUGUAAUUUGACUUAGAGGUCAUGUAAUCCAACCUAAGAACAGGAAGUUUAAUUCCAAAAUGAAUUGGAAAAUACUGACACUUGCACUAAAUAGUACAUUUGCUGUUGUGGAUUUACAAUCAUUUGCUGUUAUUGAAGCUAACUAAAGUGUAAGACUUUGCAAAGAAAUUAAAACAUUUUGGUACCAUUAAAACACCCCAUACUUCUAAAGGGUUUAUAAUUUGUCACUAAUGACUUUAUUAAUGGGAAUAAAUCCUUAAAAAAUGGAUUGAUGGUCAGGAUUGAGCUGCUUCAAGUCAUGAAUGGAAAGUUUGUGUUUGCCAAGUUGUGAGCUCAAAUUUCAAUGAAGGACCUCUUUGUUAAGCAUACGUUCUCAGCUUGUUCUUAAAGCUGCACUAAUCAGUAUUUUUUUAUAUAAGCAGUGGGUCAAAUAACUAAGUCUAAUGUCAAAGACGGAGCUCGUAGUGAUGAAACUGCAGAGAAUUAUCACACAACUGCACUUCUCAUCUCUGUGAAGCUUUUUAGCAUCUUUCAGCUCACAAAGUUGCUAGGUGAGCUAUUACUGCUAUUAUGUCCUCAGUAUGCAUCUAAAUUGGAUUUUAAAAGUUGCCAGAUUCUGUGAGAAAGUAGCUAAAUUGGCAUUAUCAACCUCUUUUUCAGCUGUUAUCAACAAAAAGCUCUUAAAAUCCACUGUACACUAUUUGCCCAACACCAAACAGCAGAUAGGCUAAGUUAGCGGCUAGCUGGUGAACAUAGUGGAGCAUUUAGCAGCUAACGAGCCAGAUAGUUUUCCUGAGGAAUUGGAAACCAAAACAGAGCUAUAAGUAAUAUUGGACUUUAAUUCAUCAGACGGACAGAAAUACGAGUUAAAAGGUCUGCUAACGUUGCUCCAUGUCUGCCAAACGUGAAAAUUAGCGAGCGGUUGCUAACACGUUCGCCAUGUGUUCACAGCUUGCUUCACCUCCUAAGUGGACAAAAUAAAUAAGUAAAAAAUUAAAGUUAUGUAAUUAUUUAGCUUUUUUCUGUCACUGUGGCCCACUAGAAACAUUUUCCAACACCCAGUAUCAGUCCAUCGCCGAGGAACCACUGCUAUAUAUGAGGGUAAAAUCUGGGAUCACAACCUGGCAACCUCAAAACUUUAUUUUAGGUACCUGUUACUUAACCAUUAAUAAAGUGUUCAGUGACAACUUAUAGAUUUUGUUUAUGUAUGCUUUAUAAAAGGUUACGAUGUUAAGUGUUUUAAUGAGGAACCCCUUCCCAAAAUGUAUAGAAAUGAAACUCUUGUAAAGUUUAACCAUGUUGAGGGUCAAUGAUCUUGUGUCUGCUGUUAGACAACAACCUUUACUAACUCCAAAUGCUCUUUGCCUUGUAGUGUUGUUAGUCUAAUUAUUGCAAUGAUGUGAACCUAAAGUUGUCCUAAAUCGUAUAAUAGAAGUUUAUUGAUGCCUCUUUGGCUUGCAGCCUUCACAGGGAGGUCAAAUGUUGGGUUUCCUGCUUUGAACUGCAAUUGGAGAUAUUCCACUGACAGAGGGGCAUCAUGAAAAAAGUCAUGCCAAAACAAAAAUGUGAAGAAAUUGUGAUUGUAUUGAGAAAAAAAAAGAGUGAUAAAAGCUGUAAUGUGUUCCUGUGGGGUUUUAUUUUUGGGUGCUGAUAUCUUAAAAUACUUUAACAACAAAGUGAUCCUUGUUCUAAAGUCGUCAUUUCAAUGUUCAGAGGAACUGAAUGCUUUUCCAUCACAGCCACGUUUUGCUGUUUUUUCUUGUCUUUGCCACCUAAAAAAAAAUAAAAUAAAUGACACCCCCUCCCUCAUUCUUACACUUUACAUGUUUUCCUAAAGUCUCUUUGAAAACGCUGAUUGUUCUACAUGUAAGUCUUGAACUUGUUCCUGUGUGUUUUACCUGUACCUCUGUACCUGUGUGGACCUGUGUUUGUGACGGUGUACCAAUGGUUCCUCUGUCCUUGACUAGUCGUGGUUAGAGAUUAGGAGCUGUUUGGUCCAUCAAUAAUCUCUGUCAGUGAUCAGCAGUGUCUUUUCUCUCCACCAUCCUCAGAAACAUUUCCUUUCUGAUGAGAGAGUCUUCUUCACCAGGCUUCCACAAGCUUAGCUUUCUGAAAAUAUCUGGAAAAGAUAUUGUCCCUCAUCCCCUCCCGCAGCUUGUAAAUUUGCCAUCUGUCCUCAUGGGAACGGGAUUUGCCUAUAAAAGCAGUAGAUUUCUGCCUGACCGAGGCUCUGCUCACAGCGGAGCGUCCUAAGCUUGUGGACUUGUGGAGAGUAUUUUGCACAUGCCAUUGUUUCUUCAGCAGCAGUCUUCAGCUUUUUUGCCUUUUGCCUAUAACAAUAAUUAUAAUAAACUAUAAUGCUUGUACAUAUCAGAUAGUACUUGUUAUAUUGUAUUCUAGUUAUUUUUUGUUGUUUUGUUUUUUUUUUCUUUUCUUAAUUUGACAUGUUUUGUAGUACUGCUUUUUCAUGAUUACGUUUGUCAAUCAAACAGAUGUGAGAUGAAAAGUGGAAGUGUUCAUUGUUUCAUUUGUUUUUUAAAAUAAAAAUAUUCCU